AUGCCAAUAUCCUUCGAAGACUUGAAGAGCCUUGGAUCCCGGGUCUCGCUGUACACCCCCGAGCCAUCGACGCCAAACCAGCUGGUUAUCAUCUGCAGCUGGGCCGACGGGGGAUGCCGAACCAUUGCCAGAUACCUCGAACUUUACAGAACCAUUGCUCCAGAGGCUCGCAUUCUACUCAUCCAAUGCUCCUCGUCAGACCUGAUCAGUCCGUACGCUUGGCAGCGGGCUUCUAUCAAACCUGCCGUGCAAUUCCUGCUCAAUGAUGGACUGCUCCGACGAAGCCCCAACUCGACAAGAGGAGCGCCCAAGAUUAUGCUGCAUUCGUUUUCCAAUGGUGGUAGUCUGACAGCGACUCAGUUUCUCUUCUUACUGCGAGAAGCCACCAAUGCGCCGCUCCCUCUAGUCGGCAUUAUCAUGGAUAGCAGCCCCGACGGCGGAACGUACAGGCAGACACACCAGGCAAUUGUCGUAUCCCAACCGCGGCCCAUAGUUCAACGAGCUGCUGUCUCGCUGCUUGCUCAUGCAGUGCUGCUUCCGAUAUGGGCCUCGUACGCUAUAGGCCGAGAGGAGAAUUCGCAGAGGGUGAUGCGCCGAGUCUUCCUGGACCAGGAUUAUGUCGACACGACAAGUAUUUGCUACUUGUAUUCAAAGGAUGAUCUAGUGACCAACUGGACAUAUGUACACUUGCACGCAAAAGAAGCAAGAAGGAAAGGAUGGAGUGUGGACGAGCUCGAGUUUCUGGGCAGUUCGCAUUGUGCGCAUAUGAGCGUUGACAAGGAACGUUAUGCGGCAGCUGUUGUCAAGAUGUGGACUGGACUGUGA